CAUAUUUCAAUUCUUUCUUCCUUUUUACUCCAUCACGAGAUCCCCCUCCCUUCUCCCAUCUUCUUCUAUACUUUACUUUCUCUAAUUUCAUGUACUGUUAUACACUUUCUUCCUUGUAUUUUCUUCCAUUCAAGUUCCCCUUUUUAUAGGUUCAUUUGUGAACCUGCAUAUCGUUAUACUUUGUAUAUCUAAUAACAUAAAGUUAAGGUAGUCUUCUUUUAAGAAAUGGAGAAUGCCCGGAAGGUGUUUGAUGAAAUGGGUCAACCAAAUGUAGUUGAUAAGCCCGAUUUCAAAGAACUCGAUCUAAUGCGUUUAACUGAAAAAGAUAAAGACAAAGACAAAGACCCUUUUCGUAAUAGUAGAAGAUCAUCUAAUAGAUCUCAUUCCGGUGAGUUAAAUGCAGCCGCCAAUCCUCCUCCUUAUAACAAUAUCACGCCGGAAAAGCUUGGAUCUGGGAAUCGGAAGAUGAUGGGCCACCGGAGAUCGUACUCUACGGGGGCUCCUUUGAUAUAUUCGGGUAAUACCACCGGAAGUAACACUACUACUAGUACUAGCAGCACUACUACCACAACUGGCAGUGGGGGCAGUGGCAGUGGGGGCAUUGGUAACAAUGUAGCUGCUGCAGUGAAUUCUCCCAGCACAAAUCUGUUAUACCCAACUGGGAAUAUCUGCCCAUCAGGUAAAAUACUUAAAUCUAAUAUGAAUUUUCGAAACACUACAACCCGAACUGAGAAACUUGGAUUGGGUAUGGGUACUGGGAAUUAUGGUCAUGGAAGUAUAAUUAAAGGUGGGGGUAAAUCAGUUGAAUCAAACGGUGAUGUUGGGAUUAUCGUUAAGAAGGCAAUGGUUAGUCAUGAUGUUGAAGAAGUGAAAGUUGCUGGCAAUGAGUUGUAUAAAAGAGGGAACUUUACGGAAGCUUUAGGAUUGUAUGAUCGUGCCAUUGCCAUAUCACCCGAAAAUGCCACUUGCCGGAGUAAUAGAGCAGCCGCAUUGACUAUGUUAGGGAGAUUGGGUGAGGCUAUUAGGGAAUGUGAGGAGGCUGUGAGGUUGAACCCUGGUUAUCAGAGAGCUCAUCAAAGAUUAGCAUCUCUUUAUCUCAGGUUAGGACUGGUGGAACGUACCUAUCACCAUCUUUCUCAUGGUCAACAUAAUGAUUUGACCGAACUGCAAAAGUUGCAAGAUGUGGAAAAACAUAUUAGUAGAUGCUCGGAUGCUAGAAACACAGGUGAUUGGAAAGGAGCACUUAGGGAAUGCGAAGCAGCCAUAUUAACUGGAGCUGAAUCAUCUCCACAAAUAAUUGCUUGCAAGGCAGAAGCGUUUUUGAAGCUCCAUCAACUUGAAAAUGCGGAUACUGUUCUUGCUGACUUACCAAUAAUUGAACCUUUUCCAGUUACGUGUUCAAAAGUCAAGUUCUUUGGCAUGUAUUGUGAAGCAUAUGUGCUUUACAUCCGAGCUCAUGUUGAUAUGGCAUUUGGAAGGUUUGAAACUGCAGCUUCAUGCGCAGAGAAGGCCAGCUUGAUUGAUUUUGGAAACAUGGAAGUCGCAAUGUUACUGAAAAAUGUGACAUUAAUAAACCGUGCACGUGCUCAAGGCAAGGAUCUUUUCAGCUCAGGGAGGUUUUCAGAAGCUUGCACUGCUUAUGGUGAAGGGCUCAAAUACAACUUGUCAAACUCGAUUCUCUAUUGUAAUAGGGCGGUUUGUUGGUCGAAGCUUGGUUUGUGGGAGAAGUCCAUUGAGGAUUGUAAUCUAGCCCUUAAAAUUCAGCCAAAUUACACAAAGGCCCUAAUGAGGAGGGCAGUUUCAAAUGCAAAGCUUGAGCGAUGGGGUGAAGCUGUAAGAGACUAUGAAAUCUUGAGGAAAGAACUUCCAGGUGAUAAUGAGGUGGCUGAAUCACUAUUACGAGCUCAAGAGGCAUUAAGAUUGACCCGAGGGGAACCUUCUGGCAUUGAUCGUGUUACAGCUCCAGUAUAUUCUAGUGCAGAGCCUCCUCAGCCUAGCAGUAUCAAGUAUCAGAACCAUUAGUACUCUACCCAUGUGGUGAAUCAGCUUGUAAAACCUACAUAUCCUCACGACUUACUUGUGCGUUCCAACUUUCAAUUCUUGAAUAUGGAUGUUCUCAAACACAAUUGCAAACAGCGUACAGUUUGAUGGACGAACAGACAGGUCCUUGUUUCAAGUCUCAAGUACCAUUGCUUGACCUUCCCUCGAUACAGAAAGGGACAAAAAGGAGAAUUUACUUGAAAUAAAUUCUUAUAUGAUAAGUUUUUUCCCUCCCCUUUUAGUACAAAAUAUUGUCGAAAUAUCGAUAUUGUUGAUUACAUUUUAUUUUUCUAUUUCCAUUGGUCCCAAUAUCAUGGGAGUUAUUUAUUUGUUUACCCCCUUUUGGGGGAAGAAAGAUUCAAUUCUGUGAAAUCCUUUCGAAUUCUUUUUUCUUUUAAUUAUAUUCUUAAUUCGAAAUCAUAUUUUUAUUUUUCA